GGUGGGGCUGACAGUGCUGCUGGGGCCGCCCGUUUCCUGGGCUGGCAAAGCAGACUUUCCCGUUUCGUCCGUGCCGUGCGGCCACCAUCUUCGCUGCACACUCUGCUCUGCACCCAGCGGGGUCCCAUCUCACCCACAGUAUGCCCCUGCCACACGCAGUGGCUGUGCCCAGAGCCUGCGAGUCAGAGAAGAGAGGCUGAGGCUGGGAAGGAGACUUGUUGGUCACCCCAGCUUAGCCAUGGCACUGGCAGCCAGCAAAAGCAGAACGACAACCUCCACACUCACUGGCAGCCCCGUGGCCACCACCACCGUGGUCCAGCCAGGCUUCCUGGGUGGCUGGCUUAGCCACAUCCCACUACCCAAAUGGGCACUCAUCGCUGUGGCUGUGGCAGCGGCCAUUGUCCUCCUCCUCUUCCUCAUCUGCAUCAUCAGGUGCUGCUGUGGCAAGAAGAAGCCCAAGAAGAAGGAGAGAGUCAGCUUGCAUGCUGUCAGCAGCUUCACCACGGCCAGCCUUGUCCAGCCCGAGAUGGAGGACCUGGAGCGGGGUGUGGAGCAGACAGGGCGAGGAAAGCUGCAGUACUCCUUGGAGUACAACUUCCGUGCGCAGGAGUUGAAGGUUGGCGUGAAGCAGGCAGCUGAGCUGAAGGCCAUGGACAGUGGAGGCACAUCCGAUCCAUAUGUGAUCGUCUACCUGACAUCCGAUAUGAAGAAGAGGUAUGAGACCAAGGUUUACCGCAAGACCCUGAACCCUGUCUUCAAUGAGAGCUUCACUUUCCAGGUACCCCAGGCAGAGGUGCCUGAAUCCACACUGGUGAUGCAGAUCUAUGACUUCAACCGUUUUACCAAGCACGACAUCAUUGGAGAGGUCCGGCUGCCCCUGGCCACUGUCAGCCUGCAGCAUGUCAUUGAGCAGUGGAGUGACCUUGUGGCAGCCAGUAAAUUGGAGGAAGAACAGCUGGGUGAGAUCUGCUUCUCUCUGCGCUAUGUCCCCAGCACUGGCAAGCUGACGGUGCUCAUACUGGAAGCCAAAAAGCUGAAGCAGAUGGAUUCUCAUGGGCUCUCAGAUCCUUUUGUGAAGGUGCAUCUCAUCCUGAACAGGAAAAAAUGGAAGAAGAAGACUACCAGUGUGAAGAAAAACACCUUAAGCCCUUACUUCAAUGAGGUGUUUGUUUUUGAGGUGCCUUUCAAUCAGAUCCAGAACGUGGAUGUGGUCAUUUCCGUUUGGGAUCAUGACAAAGUGACCAAGAAUGAGCCCAUUGGCAAGCUCUUCCUGGGCUGCCGAGCCACAGGCAACCAGCUGCGGCACUGGUCCGACAUGCUGUCCAAUCCCCGCCGGCCCCUAGCCCAGUGGCACAGCCUGCAGCCCCCCGAUGUGGUCGACAAAGCCCUGGGGCUGAAGUCCCACCUCAAGCUGCCCCUGCCCCCCAGAUAGUGUGGGUCCCCUCCGCCAGCCGGGGGGCAGGGCACAGGGCUUGCAGGCGGGUGGGAGGCUCCUGUUCAGCAACAUCUGGAUAUGUUUUCCCUGCUCAGUGUCAGCAAAGAGGGGACUGGAGGCUCUUUUUGGCCAAGAGAUGAUCUUGGUGCUGGUACCCUGUGUGAUGCCCGGAGCAGGGCUUGGCACAGGGCAAGGCUGAAGUGGAGCAGAGAAUACUAGAAGGGACUGUGCGGGUGCAGGAGCCAGCUCAUCUGGCCAGGGGGGAUAAAUACACAGAGCUUCAAGCACAUGCAAAAUCAGAGUCCGUUGAUAUUUUUCAAGUGGAGGAUUAAUAUGCUAGCAGCCUGUGGUGGGCACUUUCUUUGGUUGUGAAUAACUUGGCAAGAGGUAGGUGUUUGGGAAGGGUUUAUGUGACCCAUGAAGGCUUUUAAACAAGACCAAGGUCUUGAAGCUCCCUAAGAGGCUAAAAGGAGAGAAAGAGGACAGGCUAAUGAAGAAGGUGUUGGAGAUACAGGACUAGUUCUUUAAUGCCCCUGCAAUAUGUGUGCUCUGUGUUCUGGCUAAAGGCUAAAUGAGACAGCAGAGUCAGCCACUGUUUGUCCAC